AUGGCUUCAGGUACGGAAACAGUGGACAUUGUGGUCCAGUCUCUUAUCAACGCCGGCGUCAAGUACGUCUUUGGCGUUCCUGGAGCAAAGAUUGACUCCGUGUUCAACGCCCUGGUCGACCAGCCCGAGAUCAAGCUCAUCGUCUGCCGCCACGAGCAGAAUGCAGCAUUCAUCGCCGGCGCCAUCGGCAAGAUCACAGGGAAGCCAGGAGUAUGCAUCGCCACCUCAGGCCCCGGAACGAGCAACCUUGUCACAGGCCUGGUGACGGCCAACGACGAAGGAGCACCCGUCGUCGCCAUCGUGGGCAGCGUCAAGCGGGUUCAGGCUGCUAAGCGCACGCACCAGAGCCUACAGGCCGUCGCCCUGCUCAGGCCAGUCACCAAGAAGGUCACCGCCGCGGUCGUCGAGGACCAGGUGUCAGAGAUCAUGCUCGAUGCAUUCCGGGUUGCCUCGGCGAGCCCGCAGGGGGCAACGGUCGUGAGCCUGCCGAUUGACGUUAUGACGGCCGGUCAUAAGUCUUUGAUCCCGGCUGCACCUCCACACGCAUACGACCCGCCGGACUAUGGGCCGUCGUCCCAGAAGUCCCUCGCCGAAGCCGUCAAGCUCAUCGAGGCGGCCAAGUUCCCUGUCCUGUUCCUGGGGAUGCGUGCGGCGGACCCCAAGGUGAUAGCAGCCGUCCAUGGGUUCCUGCGCAAGCACCCGAUCCCGGUCGUCGAGACCUUCCAGGCUGCAGGAGCUAUAUCUCAGGAGCUGGUCCACCUCUUCUAUGGCCGCAUCGGCCUGUUCCGCAACCAGCCAGGAGAUAAGAUGAUGGCGCACUCUGAUCUGGUUAUUACUGUUGGCUACGACCAGGCCGAGUACGACGCCGACGGGUGGAACAGCUCAGGCAGACUUCCUAUCAUCCACAUGGACACUAACCAGGCGGCUAUGAGCCUCUCCUACAGCCCUAAGCUGGAACUCAUUGGGUCAAUGCCGGAUAACCUCAUCGCACUAACAGACAGCCUCAACAAGGUAGCCCGCCCACAGGAGACGGAAACAGGCAAAUCCAUAUACGAGACCUUCCACGAGUGGGAGAACAGUGACAAAGCCCUGGGGAGUCUCGACAGCUCCGGCCCCGUGCACCCGCUCCACUUCACCCGGCUGCUCCAGCGCAUGAUCUCUCCGCAGACGACGGUCAUCUCUGACGUCGGUUCGCAUUAUAUCUGGCUCAGCCGAUUCUUCUACUCGUACAACCCCAAGACGUUCCUGGUCUCCAACGCUCAGCAGACACUGGGGGUCGCCCUGCCGUGGGCCAUCGGCGCGUCGCUCGUCCACGGCCCGUCGCAGAAGGUCGUCAGCGUCUCGGGCGACGGCGGGUUCAUGUACAGUAGUCAGGAGCUGGCCACGGCCGUGCAGCAGGGAUGCAAUAUCACCCAUUUCAUCUGGAAUGACGGGAAGUACAACAUGGUCGAGUUCCAAGAGGUCGAGAAAUACGGCCGUAGUGCGGGCGUUGAUCUAGGCGGCGUGGACUUUGUCAAGUACGCUGAGGCGUUCGGUGCGAAGGGGCUGAGAGCAACGAGCUCCGCCGAAAUCGAGGCGGUCAUGAAGGAGGCACUGGCUUACGAGGGUGUCUGCGUCGUGGAUGUGGUGAUCGACUACACGGACAAUCAUGACUUGAUGAGCCAUGUCAUUCCGGACAGUAUCUCGUAA